AUGUGCAAGAGUGUAGCGCAAGAAUGUGCUUAUCGGUCACGAGUCGGUUGUUUGCAGCAGCCGCGGCCGCGAGCCGCAACCCAGUUGUGCAUUCCGCGGCCGAUUCAGCUUCAUACACGAUCAGCUGUCAUUGUCGCCGUCGCCAGUCGUCCGACUCGGAUCCUUUCUUCACCAGCAUACGAACAACUAUCUCGACUUUCCACCAUCAUCGAUCGCACCAUGACGUCUGCACCAUCGGUCCAUCAGCAACGUGGCGAGGACAGCCUCGAUGUGCUUCCUGCCGAGUUGCAGGACACCAUCAUGGAGAAGAAGUUUGCUCAGAUCAAGCAGCAGCGACAGGACGCGCGCAACGUGCUGCGAGAAGCCAAACAGAGGACGCGCAACCGGCAGACCGACCAGCAGAUCUUGCUGCUCAUGCAGGCCGACGAACGACUUGCUGCGCUGCUCGCUCAAGCUGCCGACUCGAUGCGCGCGCUCUUGCCCCCCGUCGCGGCUACCGAAGCCGAUGCAGCGGCAGUUGCGACCGAUACUUCAGCUCAACACGGGGCAAAGGCCUUCGAAGACAAAGCACAGCAGUGGUUCUCGAUCCUCAACGAGGUGCAGUACUCUCUGCGCAGCGCAGUGAGGUACCUUCGCCAGGCACAGCUGUCGCCGCUCACACCACCCGUUGGACCCGACGCCCGUUCGCUCGGCAGAGCAGGCUCAGCCGGCCGCGGGCACAACCUCUCGCUGCUCGAAGUGUUCUCCGACAUCGGCGGUCUGCACGGCGGCACAACGUUUAAGCUUCCUCCUCUCGAUCAUUCGGCAUCGUCCUCGUCCGGAGCCUCGUCGCGAUCCUCGUCCUUCUCGACGGUGCUGCCCGAAUCCAGUCUGAGCUUGCAGGCUCUGCGCGAAAGGGAGAGCAACUGGAAAGCUCUGUCCGGCUCGCUGCAGCAGAUCCAUCAAUCUAUGACCGACGCAAGUGUCGACGGAACCUCGAAACUUUCGCCCGAACUCAGUUUGCUCGAAAGCAUCCGCAACGGCUGCAGCUCGGAUAGGAUCCUCAUCGACGCUCUCGUCAACACCAACCACAUGGCUUGA